AUGCUUCAUACAAAAAUAUCUUCUUCAUCAUCAAAAUCAACCUUUGAAUUUGAUACAUCAUCAAUUCAAACAAAUGAUAGUGAAGAAAAAUUUCAUUCAACAAAGUCAAUUAUUUAUUUAAAUGAAAAAAAUUUCAAUCGAAAUGCUAAUGAUCUUCAUGAAGAUCUAAAUAAAGAACAUUCAUUUAUACAUCGUUCGAUUCGAAGUUCAACAGAUAUAGCAACAAGUGAUCUUUAUUCUUCUACAAAUGAAAACAAUCCUUAUAGAGAAAAUGGGCCUAUUCGUAUUGAAAGUGCUCUUAUUACAAGUGAUGAUUAUGUCCAUCAUUUAACUCAUACGACAAUAUGUGAAUCUGGACCUAUUAUUGACAUUAAUAUGAAUAGAACAAUUGAUCGAACUAAAAGAAAUGGAGCUGGAGACGAAAAUCUUUCGUCUCAUGUUAACAAUAAACAGAUACAAACUUCGACAAUGAGAGAAAAUAAUCAUUAUUUGACACUCGAACAAGUACCUACACAUAAUCGACGAACGAUUCAAUUUACAUCUAAACAACUUAUUCUUAUUAGUAGUAGUGUAUUUGUAUUUGCUGUUUUACUGUGUUUAACAAUGAUAUUUUUCAUUUUCUAA